AUGGCGAAGCUACAAAAAGAACGGCCGCAAGCCAUCUUGUCUGACAGAUACGAGGAGAAAAGCCGGACUUCUCUUCUCGGCCACGGUUUCAGGAAAGGAACCAAGAAUGCUCUGGAGACCGGGCGCACUUUUGCGACUAUUUUUGCUGACAUGGACAUCAGACAGAAACUGUUGGAGGCUCACUCGGAAGACGAUUUCAAGAAGGUCCUUAUGAAGCACGCCGAAGAUUUGGCUUCUGAGCAGAGCAACGCAGAGAAGCGUUUUCUGGAGAACCAUACUGCAGCAAUUCCUCUCCUAACCAAGGAAAUCCCUGUCGAUAACACGCCGUCCACAGGGAUGCUUGUCACCCUCCCCCCUUCGGCUGAUGAAUCCCCGGAGAGUGUCCUUAAUUCGCUUUUCUCCGCUGGAAUGUUGCAGGAGGGAACAUGGUGCCAAUUCGGAAGAGACGUCUUGGAUGACUUAGCGCGGAGAAUUCCCUACUAUGCCAGUGAUUACAGGGAUGGCAUUGCGGAUCGCAAGACGAUUCAGAAGGUCGUGUCCACGACUUUCUUCCUUUACUUCGCUUGUAUUCUACCAGCCAUUGCGUUCGGGGUUCUCAACGAUCACAACACCGGAGGGAAAAUCGAUGUGAAGAAAGUCAUCCUGGGGCAAACAGUGGGUGGUUUCCUGUAUGCUGUGUUCAGCGGCCAGCCUCUCAUGAUUGUUCUGACGACAGCUCCGCUGGCGAUAUACAUUAAAAUCAUUCAUAGCAUCUGUGAUGAUUUUCAUCUGGACUUCUUUGCGAUGUACUGUUGCGUCGGGAUAUGGAACUCGUUCUUCUUGAUCCUUUACUCUCUGUUUGGCCUGAGUCGGCUGAUGCGCUGGUCAACAAGGUCCACUGAGGAGAUCUUCGCACUUUUUAUCUCAGUGGCCUUUUGCGUUGACGCUUUCAGAGACGUGGCGAAAGCGUGUGAUUUUAAGAAUGUGACGAGCAACCAUUCUGUGUCUCAACAAGUACUGACUCAUCUGGAGAAUGCUCUGCACAAUGCUAACCAGAGCAACUUCGGACACACGGUUUUGCCGACGGCCAACGAGGCUCGAGUGACAUCUGAGACAACGCCGAAAUCCCUGCUGCCUCAGUGGCAACUCGGAAACGUGACAAGCCAGCCACCGUUCGCCAUGCCUAGGAUCAAUGAAUAUGCCGACAUCCCCCUUAAUCCGCCGCAGGAGCAUUGUCGCAGAGAAAGCAGCAUCCUCUUCCUACUCCUCAUGUUCGGCACCCUAUGGCUCGGAGUUUCUCUCUACAACUUCAAUAAAACGCCAUAUCUUCAAGCGAGCAAGAGAGAGGCGCUAGCCGACUACGCUCUGCCAGUUUCCGUUUUAUUGCUCAGUUUCGUGGGAUCCUUCCUUUUCCGCGAUGUUCACUUGGAACGUUUCAAGUACGACACGCACAAGGUCUUCAAUCUCGCUAGGAUAGACACCCUAUCCACCGGUGCUAUUUUCGGUGCCAUGGGGCUGGGGUUUAUCAUAUCCCUCCUAUUUUUCAUGGAUCAAAAUAUCACGAGUGCGAUGGUUAACAACCCUUGCAACAAGUUGAAGAAGGGGCCGGCUUAUCACCUAGAUUUGUUCGUUGUAGCAAUCUUGAACGGCUUCUUGUCUGCGCUUGGGUUCCCCUGGAUGCAUGCUGCGAUUCCGCAUUCCCCGCUUCACGUGCGAAGCUUGGCAGAUGUGGAGGAACGCGUGGAUCAGGGACACGUCUACGAGAUCAUUGUGAAGGUCCGAGAAACACGAAUCACUGGAAUAGCAUCUCACAUCCUCAUUGGCCUGUCAAUUUUCCUGCUGCCCUACCCGAUGGCAUACAUUCCAACUGCUGUGCUCGACGGUCUUUUCCUCUACAUGGCAGUAACUGCUCUUAAUGGAAACCAAAUGUUUGAGCGCAUAACUCUUCUAUUCAUGGAACAGGCUGCCUAUCCUCCGAAUCAUUACAUCCGAAGAGUCCCGCAAAGGAAAAUGCAUCAAUUCACGGCUUGUCAAGUUCUUCAGCUGUUGAUCAUGUGCAUGGUUGGCUUCUCGCCGUGGCCCUACAUGAAGAUGAUCUUCCCAAUCCUCCUCCUAGUUAUGCUUCCGAUCCGGCAUAGAAUAAUUCCCCACAUCAUCGACCGAAAAUACCUCGACGCGCUUGACGGUGAACACCAAUGAGCACGAGGAAGAAACAGCAGAAGACAGUGUGAAAGUCAUCCUAAACCUGCACUGCUUCUACGGGACCGUUGUUCAGAAAUGUUCCGAACCCGUACGCGUGGUCGUUACUGUUCGCGCCAGCUUCGCUGCGUCAGCGGCACAUUUUCCUUGAUCCGCUGCCUUCCUGCUUUUCAGGGAGUCUUCGAGCCUGUGCAAAUGAGUAGUCGCAAGGUUCGAGACUUCCCACGAAACUCUCCUAUCUGUGACAGUUUCACAAAAGUGCGGCGGAAGGUUCGCGCUACGGUCCUUCCCUCGAAGCAUCUUUCGGAGAACCUCAGGAUACUCCGUGUUUGUCAUGCAGCGUCAAUCUUAACUGGAUGCGGAUUGCUCAGCUCUGCAUUAACCUAAGCGUAGUAGCAAGGAGUUUCCCUGAGCGCAGUUUUAUAAUGUGUUACUCUCUGAUCUUCCGAAAAUCCUGAAUCAUCCGGUGGACUCAGUGUUGACGCUCAAGUUUUCCGGUUUCUCAUCGCAAAGCACUCGUCAACCAUUCGAUAGUUAGACCCGGUGUUCAGUGUUCUCUGUUCAUUAAUGACAAUAUUGGGCAUCGCUGAGAGGCCUGUUCCCUUGAUCAAAGACCUGUAAUCAGGCUCAUUGUCAAAGCUUCGUCGAGGGGGCGUCAUUGUUGAGAAAAAGACGACGUUUUAAUGAAUGCAAAGGUGCUUCUGAAGCUCGAGGGCUUGCUUGGAACUCGAAUGUGAAAAAAAGAGUUAUCGAGGUUACAAGCGGCUUAGGCAGGAAAGAGUAGGCGAAUCCAAUCUUCCGAGCUCACAGUCGCAGAUGAAAGCUUCCGACAGCCAGAAGAAGGCUGCAAUGCGGAUCUUGUUCAUUUGCCGACGAAUUAUACUUUUGCUUGUCGUACCCAACAAGAUCUAGGGCAGCCAAAGAACAACACUUUCGGGUGCUCAAGACUCCGGCACCUUUUCAGGACAGGCAUGCAAGAGCUGGGCGUCGUCCUAUAUUUUCAUUCAUCCCGCCAGCACAGCAUGCAUGAGGUUUUUUGACUUGCGUGCGUUAUCCAGGGAUCAGUUCCCAAAGUUUCAAAUGCUGUCCACGAGCGUAAGAGGGACGCAGUUUGCAGACCCUAACCGAGCUCUGAGCAGUAGGUCCUCUUUUUCUCCGCUCGUUCGUUUUCCAUUCGGAGAAAGGAAUCGGGUUUGUUCCUGAGGAAGCCCGUGUCUCUGUGCCUCUGCCGAGUGGUACAGCGAUAUGGUGCUGGGCUACUCGGAAACGAUUUUUAUUGUUGAUGUUGAAAAUAUUUUGGAAAAAAAAAACGUGGCAGCGAUAGGCUACUCGUCACGGGUGUUGAGUGUUGUUUCUGUGUGGUUGUGGUCUCUGAAUGUGGGUGCUGGUGCUGGCGCUGACUUGGGCGUGGUACCCGCGUACUCGGGUCAGUUGCUGGGUAAACGCUGAAGGCUCGGGUGUGUAUAGGUGGCCAGUGUUUGAGGUUUUGCUUUUCGCCACCGGUGUGCGUAAUCUGUCGCAGCAUUACUCGUGUGGCAGCAAGACGCUUAGAGCUUUAUUUUUCCGUAGAUGUCGAGCCUUUCGGCAUGCUUACGCAGGUCUGUGUGGUGACCUCGGUGUCAAGAUUAUGGUAUUGAGGCUGAGGACGGCCACGGAUGCGCGCUCCACAUUUUCCCGUUUUCAUUUUCUUCUCUCUCUAGAAUGCAGAUGUUUCAUCGACAAUAUUCAAGAAGAGGUGUACUCGUUCGUUAUUUCCGCGGCAGCAUGGAGCAUGUAAAUGUGCGGGAGUUGGAGCGUGGGGAAAACGUAGGAAAGCUGUAUCGCUAUUCUUGGAACAAAACUGCGUCGCCACGGUUCCGCUAGCAGAGGUCCCUCACAUUUAACCGGAUGUUCUCAGAGGAGGAAGAUUAAGAGAUAUAUGAACACGUUUGUUGGCGAGUAGUUUUUUUUUCAUCGUAUAGAUUCCGGUUUAUUUUUGUAGGAAUAGGGCAACCGUGAUCGAACUGAUGAGGAAAUGUGGUAGGAGUCUUGAAUUGCGCUAGUGGCAAUGCAAUGUUCACCCGAAUGGAGACGCACAGCCUCUGACAAUCCUGCGGUUUGCACCCACUCACUCAUUCCUCUUCCUAAUCCCAAAUUAGCAAAGUGCCGCGAAUCCCAGUCCAGCUGGAAAGAUCUCUUUUGCACCAAUGAGUUCUGCGGCAGCUUCCCUUUCGCCGGCGCGAGUACUGUUAUCACAUUUUAUCUGAUGUCUUGCUUGUUCGUUUCUCCGCAAAAAUAUAUACUCGUCUCUUAGAAGCAGGAACAUUUCCAGAUUUUCGAUCGGGUUGAGCUUGAAGAUCGAUUGUACCAGUGUCAGUAAGAUAUAACAUUCAUGCGACAAGAAACGAUGUACAGAAGAAGAAUAAAGCGAAAAUUUUUAGAAAUGUU